CAAAAUUUAAGGGUUUGUUCGCAGGUAUGAGGUCGUAUCACAAUAAAUCGAGAUUCGAUCCCUUUUGCAUCCGAAACUCGUUGCAGGACAAAAUGCUGUGCGUGUACGAUACCCCUGGCACACCAACCCACCACUAAACUAAAGCUUGUCCUAUCGGCGUUAUCAUAGGCGCCGGCCUAAGCGCCGCAUUCCAAAUUUUGGACCCAGCUUUUCCACCAGCGAAUAAUCCGACGAAUAAGACCAUAUAUCUCUCAAACACCCCGAAACACACAAAUAUGGGGGCCAAAGCUGUCACGGACGUGCAUGAAAGUGAUGCCAGUGUUGAGGGGGACGUAUUAGAAAGCUUGAGCGAUCAUUCUGAAGAUUCGGAUUCUUUGGAUAGCACAAGCUCGAGGAAACGACGCCGUGUGGCUCCUGUAGACAGCGAUGGAGAGGAAGAAGUUCUGUUGUCUACAGUCGCAGUGCCAUCCCGCAUAAAAUCCGGCAAACCGGCUUCAGUUGCUAGCAAAGCUGCUCCUCUCCCAAUUCUCGCUGCUCCCGUCGAUCAAAAUACUACGUUCGACUCUCUUGGACUUAAGCCAUGGCUGGUCAACUCGUUAGGUUCAAUGGCGAUCCGCCGACCAACUGGGAUUCAGAAAGGAUGUAUACCAGAGAUUUUAAAUGGCAGAGAUUGCAUCGGAGGGAGUAGAACCGGUUCAGGAAAAACUGUUGCAUUUACUGCACCUAUACUACAAAAAUGGGCUGAAGACCCAAUCGGGAUUUACGCCUUAAUUCUCACACCAACGAGGGAACUUGCUCUCCAGAUUUACGAACAGGUCAAGGCGAUAUCAUCGCCCCAAUCCCUAAAACCAAUCCUCAUAACCGGCGGCGUAGACAUGCGCCCCCAAGCCCUCGCGCUCUCCGCCCGCCCGCACAUCGUAAUUGCUACUCCAGGCCGGCUCGCAGACCACAUUCGAACUUCAGGAGAAGACACAAUUAUUGGUCUACGCCGCGUCAAGGUCGUCGUUCUCGAUGAAGCGGAUCGACUUCUCGCCUCGGGAAACGCUGGCUCCAUGCUCCCCGCCGUGUCCGAGUGCCUCUCCGCCCUCCCCCCCGCAAGCGAUCGCCAAACCCUCCUUUUCACCGCAACUGUCACCCCCGAAGUACGCGCGCUCAAGGACCUCCCGCGUGCACCCGGCAAGCUCCCCCUCUUCAUCUGCGAGAUCGACGCCGCGAACCCACUCGCGCUGCCUGCCAGCCUGCAGCAGACGCACCUAAGCGUCCCCGUCACGCACCGUGAGCACUACCUACACAUGCUCCUCCUCACAGAGGCGAAUGUCAAUAAGUCCGUCAUCAUCUUCUGCAACCGCACCGUCACGGCGGAUUACCUCACGCAUUUACUGCGUCUGCUCGCGCACCGCGUCACGGCGCUACAUUCGAAGCUGCCGCAGCGACAGCGCACGGACAACCUUGCAAGAUUCCGUGCUAGCGCGGCGAGGAUCCUGGUCGCGACGGAUGUGGCGGCUAGAGGUCUUGAUAUCCCGGAGGUUGGACUAGUGGUUAAUUACGAUGUGCCGCGUGAUGCGGAUGAUUAUAUUCACCGCGUUGGACGUACGGCGCGUGCGGGAAGGAAGGGUCAGGCUGUUACGUUGGUGGGACAGAGGGAUGUGGGGCUGAUCAAGGCGAUUGAGGAGAGGGUUGGGAGGGAUAUGGAGGCAUGGGAGGAAGAGGGGGUUAAUCUCGAGACGAGGGUGCUGAAGGAUGCAUUGAAGAUUGUGGGAGAGAAGAGGAGAGAGGCUUGGGUGGAGAUUGAGGAGGGCAGGGAGGUUGGAGGGAAGAGGAAAACGGGAAUGCGUAGGCUAGCGUGAUAGGCUGGUUGAUUUGAAUUCUGGAUAUCCACACCGCAUCACGCAUCAUCAGGUGGCAAUCACUGUGUGUGGGUGCUGACAGUACAUGACAUGAAGCAAGGAAGCUUUUGUACAUUUGUGUCCCCCAUGAGGUCUGGGCGCUAAAAACGGGUUGCUCAUUGAAGCAAUGUUAUAAUAUUCCUUUAGCACUCGUGCCACCCACAUGGAUAUCUGGUCAUGACAUCACGAGACGCGUAGACAGGAGAGAUUGGUAAACCCCAAAUGAUCGUUCUUUAUUCACGGACUCGAUUUAUGUCAUUGCCGGAAUCGAAAUAGUGGCGAUAGUCCAAACUUUCCCCCCUUCAGAAGAAGCAAAGCCAGUAUAGGUAGUGCCGCCAGACACGCCCAGAGUAUUACCAAAGGUCGGAUCAGCUUCCGCCAAUGUGAUGACUGUGUUUUUGUACGUCUGAGGGGCAAUUGUCCCC